UGUUUGAUACAGUUCUGUUCGCCCCAAUUCUCGGAAGGAUGUCGGGGCUUUGGAGAGGGUGCAGAAGCGGUUUACCGGGAUACUGCCUGGAUUGGAGAGUAUGAGCGAUAGCGAAACGUUGGACAAAAUGUUGUUGUCGAGUAGCGCAGGCUGGGGUGAGACUGGAUGUACGUUUACAAGAUUACGAGAGGAAAAGAUAGAGUGGACAGACGAUAUAUUUUUCCUGGGGUGGGAGACCCCGCCGGUCACGUGAUCACGUUUGUCCUUCCCAUUUAACCACAGAUGGGCAGCAUCUGCGCGACUGUUUCCGAGGCCCCGCCCUCCGGAUGAUGUAACAAUCUAUUCGCGCAUGCUCACUGUCUCCGUGUGGACCGUGUUUCCUUUCCGCUCAGCGCAGGAGUGGAUCGUCGGUGGGGUCGCUAAAGGAUUAUCGCCGAGAGCCGCGGGUCGGUAUCACUGUCUGCGUCGUUAGAUCCAGUGAGAGAUUUAUUGGAAGGAAAAUCCCCAACUGGAAGCAAACCACGACCGAAGACGAGGGAACAGCAACAAAUGAACGAGGACUGAGAGCAUCAACUGGAGACUGAGGGAACCCAUCUGACUCGGAGAUUCCAGUGAUUCAGUCAGGAGAAAGCUUGGUUAAAAAUGAAAAGGAAUUUAUCUGCAGGAAUCUCGAACACUACACGCCAGUCUUGCUGUCUCUGUCCAGACAUUUAAGAAGUGGAGCAAGGGAUUCACUCGAUCAACCUUCCUGCUCAGACUGUGGGGAGGGAUUCAGUCGAUCAUCCUUCCUGCUCAGACUGUGGGGAGGGAUUCACUCGGUCAUCUGACUGACUGGCACGCCUGUCAUUUUACACAGGGGGAAUCCCAUUCAUCUGCUCAGGCAGUGUGAAUGGAUACAAAUAGUCAUAUCAACUGAAGGUGCCUCAGCAAGUUCACACUGCACAAGGCCAUUCAUCUGUUCAGUGGGUGAGAAGGGAUUCAGUUGGUCAUCCCACCUGUGGACACACUGGUCAGUUCACACUGGGCAGAGGCUGGUCAUUUGCUGAAUUUGUGGGGAAGGAUUCACUUGGUCAUCUGACCUAAUGGCUCAGCUGCGAGUUCAAACCAGGGAGCGGCCGUUCACCUGCUCAGACUGUGGGAAGGGAUUCACUUGCUCAUCCCAACUGAAGGUACAUCAGAGAGUUCAUACUGGGGAGCGGCCGUUCACCUGCUUGGACUGUGGGAAGAGAUUCCGUCAGUCAUCCCACCUACAGAGACACCAGUCAGUCCACACUGGGGAGAUGCCGUUCACCUGCUCAAACUGUGGGAAGGGAUUCACUCAGUUAUCUCAUUUGGACGUACAUCAGCGAGUUCACACUGGGGAGAGGCCGUUCACUUGCUCGGACUGUGGGAAGGGAUUCACUCAGUUAUCUCAUUUGGAGAUACAUCAGCGAGUUCACACUGGAGAGAGGCCGUUCACCUGCUCGGACUGUGGGAAGGGAUUCACUUGCUCAUCCCAACUGAAGGUACAUCAGCGAGCUCACACUGGGGAGCGGCCGUUCACCUGCUCGGACUGUGGGAAGGGAUUCACUUGCUCAUCCCAACUGAAGGUACAUCAGCGAGCUCACACUGGAGAGAGGCCGUUCACCUGCUCGGACUGUGGGAAGAGAUUCAGUCAGUUAUCCCACAUACAAGCACACCGGUCAGUUCACACUGGGGAGAGGCCAUUCACCUGCUUAGAAUGUGGGAAAGGAUUCACUCAGUCGUCCGACCUCCUGGCACACAAGUCAGUUCAUACUGGAGAGAGUCCAUUCACCUGCUCGGACUGUGGGAAGGGAUUCACUUGUUCAUUCCAUCUGAAGGUACAUCAGAGAGUUCACACUGGGGAGAGGCCGUUCACCUGCUCAGUCUGUGGGAAGGGAUUCACUUGGUCAUCCAGCCUACGUGCACACCGGUCAGUUCACAGUGGGAAGAGGUCAUUCAUCUGCUCAUUGUGUGGGAAGGUAUUCAAUUGGUCAUCCAGCCUACAAGCACACCGGACAGUUCACAGUGGGGAGCGGCCAUUCACCUGCUCAGACUGUGGGAAGAAAUUCAUUUGCUCAUCUCAUCUGAAGGUGCAUCAGAGAGUUCACACUGGAGAGAGGCCGUUCACCUGCUCAGUUUGUGGGAAGGGAUUCACUUGCUCAUCCCACCUCAAGAAACACCAGCGAGUUCACACUGUGAAUUUAGUGCCUAUUGUCAUCCUGUCCCGGGGUAAAUGCGGCCUCUCCACCUGCACCACUCGUUACCUAGUGGCCAUGGCUGUGGCGGAUCUACUGGUCAUUGUCACUGAAGUAAUCCUGGGUCAAAUCAAAUAUCAUUACUUCCCUCUGAGUUUCCUGGACAUCACUCCUGUGUGUGCUGUUAUCCACGUACUGCGGCGAAUAACCACAAAUUGUUCUGUCUGGUUCACCGUCACUUUCACCUUUGAUCGCUUUGUCACCAUUUGUUGCCAAGAGCUGAAAACUAAAUAUUGCACCGGGAAAUCUGCGGCUGUGGUGCAAACCACAACGGGAAUACUUCUCUGUCUGAAAAAUAUCCCGUUUUACUUCGCAAUAGAACCUGGGGAAAUUAUUGACAGCCUGCCGUGGUUCUGCGAUCCCAAGCCAAGUUAUUUCACUGACAAAAGUUGGGUUGGACUUGACUGGUUCGAUACUGUUUUAACACCUCUGCUCCCUUUCGCUAUAAUUCUGCUGCUCAACGCUAUGACAGUCCGGCACAUAUUAGUCGCCAGUCGUGUCCGGAGGGGGCUCAGAGGUCAAAAAUUCGUCUAUUACCAGGUCAAAGGAACAGGAGAGGCGGGCAUUGGAUCCGAAAAUAUUUUGGCACAAGUUGGCUACGCGUUAGCGAUCGUAAGUUGCUGCACCAACACCUUUAUCUACGCAGUGACUCAGUCCAAGUUCAGGGAGCAGCUGAUUGACAGUGAUGAACCCAUCGAUGGCAAUACCAAUGAACAUGAAGAAGCCAGAUUGAGCCGAUUCGACCCAUUCUGUCUCAGCCCUCUCCAACGAUGGCAGCUGUAUAUGGCGGUCUUCCUUUUUAAACCAUUGGAGCGCUACGUCACGCGCCUGCGCUGUCUGGCCUCUUUGCCUGUAGGGCUGCUCCUGGCCCACUCGUAUCACUUGACUGCAAUUGACCCCUGUUCUCUAACUUGUGGGGAAGGAUUCACACGGUCAUCUGACCUAAUGGCUCAGCAGAGAGUUCAAACCAGGGAGCAGCCAUUCACCUGCUUGGACUGUGGGAAGGGAUUCACUUGCUCAUCUAAACUGACAGUACAUCAGAGAGUUCACACUGGGGAGAGGCCGUUCACCUGCUCAGACUGUGGGAAGGGAUUCACUUGCUCAUCCCAACUGAAGGUACAUCAGAGAGUUCACACUGGAGAGAGGCCGUUCACCUGCUCAGACUGUGGGAAGGGAUUCACUCAGUUAUCUCAUUUGGAGGUACAUCAGCGAGUUCACACUGGAGAGCGGCCAUUCACCUGCUCGGACUGUGGGAAGGGAUUCACUCAGUUAUCUCAUUUGGAGGUACAUCAGCAAGUUCACACUGGCGUGAGGCCAUUCACCUGCUCGGACUGUGGGAAGGGAUUCACUCAGUUAUCUCAUUUGGACGUACAUCAGCGAGUUCACACUGGGGAGAGGCCAUUCACCUGCUCGGACUGUGGGAAGGGAUUCACUCAGUUAUCUCAUUUGAAAGUACAUCAGCGAGUUCACACUGGAGAGCGGCCAUUCACCUGCUCGGACUGUGGGAAGGGAUUCACACGAUUAUCUCAUUUGGAGGUACAUCAGCGAGUUCACACUGGGGAGAGGCCAUUCACCUGCUCGGACUGUGGGAAGGGGUUCACUCAGUUAUCUCAUUUGAAAGUACAUCAGCGAGUUCACACUGGGGAGAGGCCGUUCACUUGCUCGGACUGUGGGAAGAGAUUCAGUCAGUUAUCCCACAUACAAGCACACCGGUCAAUUCACACUGGGGAGUGGCCAUUCACCUGCUUAGAAUGUGGGAAAGGAUUCAGUCAGUCAUCCCAACUACUGAGACACCGGUCAGUUCACACUGGGGAGAUGCCGUUCACCUGCUCAGACUGUGGGAUGGGAUUCACUUUGUCAUCUCAACUGAAGGUACAUCAGAGAGUUCACACUGGGGAGAGGCCGUUCACCUGCUCAGAGUGUGGGAAGGGAUUCCCUCAGCCAGCCCAACUGAAGGUACAUCAGCAUGUUCACACUGGGGAGAGGCCGUUCACCUGCUCAGACUGUGGGAAGACAUUUACUCGGUUAUCCCACAUGCAAGCACACCGGUCAGUUCACACUGGGGAGAGGCCAUUCACCUGCUCAGAUUGUGGGAAAGGAUUCACUCAGUCGUCGGACCUCCUGGCACACAAGUCAGUUCACACUGGGGAGAGUCCAUUCACGUGCUCGGACUGUGGGAAGGGAUUCACUUGUUCAUUCCAUCUGAAGGUACAUCAGAGAGUUCACAGUGGGGAGAGGCUAUUCACCUGCUUGGACUGUGGGAAGGGAUUCACUUGCUCAUCCCAACUGAAGGUACAUCAGAGAGUUCACACUGGGGAGAGGCCGUUCUCCUGCUCAGUCUGUGGGAAGGGGUUCACUCAGUCAUCUGUACUAAAGGUACAUCAACGAGUUCACACAGGGGAGCGGCCGUUCACCUGCUCGGACUGUGGGAAGGGAUUCACUUGCUCAUCCCAACUGAAGGUACAUCAGCGAGCUCACACAGGAGAGAGGCCGUUCACCUGCUCGGACUGUGGGAAGAGAUUCACUCGGUUAUCCCACAUGCAAGCACACCGGUCAGUUCACACUGGGCACUGGCGAUUCACCUGCUCAGAAUGUGGGAAAGGAUUCACUCAGUCAUCUGACCUCCUGGCACACAAGUCAGUUCAUACUGGGGAGAGUCCAUUCACCUGCUCGGACUGUGGGAAGGGAUUCACUUGUUCAUCCCAACUGAAGGUACAUCAGAGAGUUCACACUGGGGAGAGGCCGUUCACCUGCUCAGUCUGUGGGAAGGGAUUCACUUGCUCAUCCCACCUACACAAACACCAGCGAGUUCACACUGGGGAGAGGCCAUUCACCUGCUCAGCCUGCGGGAAGAGAUUCCCUCAUUCAUCCCACCUACUGAGACACCAAUCAGUUCAUAGUCGGAAGAGGUCGUUCACCUGCUCAUUGUGUGGGAAGGGAUUCAAUUGGUCAUCCAGCCUACAAGCACACCAGUCAGUUCACAGUGGGGAGCGGCCGUUCACCUGUUCAGACUGUGGGAAGAGAUUCACUUGCUCAUCUCAUCUGAAGGUGCAUCAGCGAGUUCACACUGGAGAGAGGCCGUUCACCUGCUCAGUCUGUGGGAAGGGAUUCACUUGCUCAUCCCACCUAAAGAAACACCAGCGAGUUCACACUGGCUAGAGGCCUUCACCUGCUGUAAAUGUGAGAAGAGAUUCACUCAGUCAUCUAACCUUAUGUAACUCCCGCUUAAGCUGACAGCGUAUUAUUGGAGGUGAUCCGGGCCAGACUUCAUUUGAGUGCAUGCUGCGUGAUGUGCCCCAUUAUGGAUCAGUACCUCGAAAUGAAAAACUGUACACAAUGUGUGAUCAAACGAUUCAGCUUUAUAAUUCUUACUUUGACUAUAGGGUUAGUGAAGAAAACAAAAAAUAGAAAAAUAGCUCACUCUCUCUAGUUGCAUCUUCUCAUCUCUCCCUGGAUAAAGACCAGGAAAAUCUCUCUUCCAGACUCACAAGAAAGAACAACAUUUCUGUCAUUGGAUAGCCCCCAUUCCAAAACCCUGUUCUUUUGAUCGGGACAAGAAGUGCAGCAUCAGAGGUAAACCCUGAAGGAAGGCAGUUUUUAUAAAAAAAAACUUUCUUCAGUACAAGAAGGGUGAGACUGCAGAGGCCCGUGUGACGUAGACAGGACAGUGUGGAGAGUUUAAAAAGAAGACCACCCUAUACAGCAGGCAGCAGAGUGCAGGUCUUUGGCUCGAAGGGUUUAGGCGGUAAUGGGAAGAGGCGAGUGCAAGGCAUCAAUUCUCUUUUUUCCCCUUGAUGAAAUGGCCUGGACAGACGAAGGAACAGCAGGGCUCACACAGCUAACAGUAUGAGCUAACGGUUUAAAAAGUUCAUGUGUUUGGCGAGGUAAGUGGUUGGGUAGGCUUAUUUUUCAUUUUUCAUUAUUUCAUUCUUGUAGAAUUAAGUAGCAUGUCUACAAGAUUUGUGCUUUGUUCGGGGUAUCAGAUGUGGGAAUCCUGGGAGACCUGCAGCCUCCCUGCGCCAGGUGCACCGAGAUGCAGCUCCUCAGAGAAUGUGUUAGGGAACUGGAGCUGCAGCUUGGUGACCUACUGCUUAUUAGGGAAAGUGAAGAAGUGAUAGACAGGAGCUACAGGUAGGUAGUGAUUACUAGGUUACAGGGGUCAGAAAACUGUGUGACUGUCAGGAGAGGGAAGGGAAAAUAUUGGAGAGCACCCCUGUGACUGUCCCCCUCAGGAACAAAUAUAUUGUUUUAAACGCUGUUGAGGGGGAUGACCUGACAGGAGAAGGCCACGGUGACCGGGAGUUUGGCACUGUUGUGCAGGACAGAAGGAGGGAAAAGAGUAUUGUGGUAGUCAUAGGGGAUUGCGUAGUGAGGGGAACGGACAGGAGAUUCUGUAACCAUGAUAGAGAUACCCGUUAGGUGGGUUGCCUCCCAGGUACCAGGGUACGGGAUGUCUCGGAUAGGGUCCAAAAUAUCCUGAAGGGAAAGGUCGAGCAGCCAUCUGUCUUGGUACAUGUUGGUACCAAUCACAUAGAUAGGAAAAGGGAGGAGGUCCUGAAGAGAGAUUUCUGGGAAUUAGGAAGGAAGCUGAUAAGCAGGACUUCCAGGGUAGUAAUCUCAGGAUUGCUACCUGGGCCACGUGCUAGCGAGGGCAAGAAUAGUAGGAUCAGGCAGAUGAAUGUGUGGCAGAGAGACUGGUGCAGGGGGCAGGGUUUCAGAUUCUUGGAUCAUUGGGAUCUCCUCUGGGGGAAGUAUGAUCUUUUGAAAAAAGACGGGUUACACCUGAACCCGAAGGGGACCAAUAUCUUGGCAGGAGAGUUUAAUAGAACUGUUAUGGGGGGUUUAAACUAAUUUGGCAGGGGGUUGGGAACGGGAAUGAUAGAGCAGAGGAGAGGCAAAACAGAAAUAGAUCUAAGGUAGUGAGUAGUAAGGAUGUCAGGAAGGACAGGCAUGGAAUGGGGCAAAUUUUUCAGCCAUUGGGAUGAGUUGCAGUGCAAUAAAGUUGCAGUGAAGUAAAAGCAAAAAGUACCAAAUAAUGGACUUAAGGUGUUUUUUAAAUGCGCACAACAUUAGGAAUAAGGUGGAUGAUCUUGUCAUACAGCUACAGAUUGGCAGGUAUGAUAUUGUGGCCAUCACUGAGAUGUGGCUAAAGGGUGCAUGUCUCUGGGAGCUGAAUGUCCAAGGAUGCAUGGUGUAUUGGAAGGAUAGGCAGGUAGGCAGAGGGGGUGGCGUGGCUUUAUUGAUAUUAAAUCAUUAGAGUUGACAUAGGAUCGGAAGGUGCAGAAUCUUUAUGGGUUGAGCUAAGAAAUCGCAGGGGUAAAUGGACCCUGAUGGCAGUUAUCUGCAGACCUCCUAACAGCUGCAGUGAUGUGGACUACAAAUUCUACAGGAAAUAGAAAAGGCUUGCCAGAAGGGCAGUGUUAUGAUAACAUGCAAGUGGAUUGGGAAAAUCAGGUUGGCACUGCAUCUCAAGAGAGAGAAUUUGUAGAAUGUCUACGAGAUGUCUUUUUAGAACAGCUUGUUGUUGAGCCCACUAGGGGAUCAGCUGUACUGGAUUGGGUUUUGUGUAAUGAACCAGAGGUGAUUAGAGAGAUUGAGGUGAAGGAACCCUUAGGAGUCAGUGAUCAUAACAAGAUUGAGUUCACUGUGAAAUUUGAGAAAGAGAAGCCGAAAUCUAAUGUGGAGGAAUGGAAGUGGCAUGAGAGAGGAACUGGCCAAAGUUGACUGGAAAGGACACCAGUGGGAAGGACAGCGGAGCAGCAAUGGCUGGAGUUUAUACGGGAGGUGAGGAAAGUGCAAGACAGAUAUAUUCCAAAAAAAUAAAUUUUCGAAUGGAAAAAUGAUGCAACCAUGGUUGACAAAAGAAGUAAAAGCCAAAAUAAAAGCAAAGGAGAGGGCAAUUAAGGAAGGAAAAAUUAGUGGGAAGACAGAGGAUUGGGAAGUUUUUAAAAGCUUACAAAAGGAAACUAAGAAGGUCAUUAAGAGGGAAAAGAUAAAUUAUGAAAGGAAGCUAGCAAAUAAUAUCAAAGAGGAUGCUAAAAGCUUUUUCAAGUAUAUUAGGAGUAAAAGACAGGUGAGAGUAGAUAUAGGACCGAUAGAAAAUGAUGCUGGAGAAAUUGUAAUGGGAGAUAAGGACAUGGCGGAGGAACUGAACGAGUAUUUUGCAUCAGUCUUCACUGAGAAAGACAUCAGCUGAAAACCGGGCACUCAAGGGUGUCAGGCAAGAGAAAUAUGCGUAAUCACAAUUACGACAGAGAAAGUACUCAGGAAGCUGAAUAUUCUAAGGGUAGAUGAAUCUCCUGGACCAGAUGGAAUGCAACCUUGUGUUCUGAAGGAAGUAGCUGUGGAGAUUGCAGAGGCAUUAGCAAUGAUCUUUCAAAAGUCAAGAGAUUCUGCUCUAGUUCCGGAGGACUGGAAGAUUGUAAAUGUCACUCCGCUAUUUAAGUAGGGGGCAAGGAAGCAUAAAGGAAAUUAUAGGCCUGUUAGCUUGACAUCAGUGGUUGGGAAGUUGUUGGAGUCGAUUAUCAAGGAUGAGUUUACGGAGUACCUGGAGGCUUAUGACAAGAUAGGCAGAACUCAGCAUGGUUUCCUUAAAGGAAAAUCCUGCCUGACAAACCUAGUGCAAUUUUUUGAGGAAAUUACAAGUAGGCUAGGCAAGGGAGAUGCAGUGGAUGUUGUGUAUAUGGAUUUUCAGAAGGCCUACAUUUCCCAUGGUGGGGGAGUGUAGUACGAGAGGGCAUGACUUAAGGAUUAAAGGGCGCCCAUUCAGACCAGAGGUGUGAAGAAUUUUUUUUAGCCAGAGUGUGGUGAAUUAGUGGAAUUUAUUGCCACGGUCAGCAGCAGAGGCCAAGUGAUUGGGUGUAUUUAAGGCAGGGAUUGAUAGGUAUCUGAGUAGUUGGGGCAUCAAGGGAUAUGAUGAGGUGGGGAAGUGGGACUAAAGGGGAGAUUGGUUCAGCUCAUGAAAAAAUGGCAGAGCAGACUCGAUGGGCCGAGUGGCCGACUUCUGCUGCUUUGUCUUAUGGUCUUAUCUCUAGUCGUAACCUAAAUGUUGCUACAGAGAAACCAUUAGCUCAGCAGUGAAACAUUACAGAGAGGCCAUUACAUUAGCAGUGAAUCCUUACAGCAUGUUACAAUUGUGACGCAUUAACAGGUUCAGACUGUGAGAAAAUUUCAUUAAGCUGCAUGCUAUGUAUUUGUCGAUCACCAUUGCUGAAUGCAAACUUGAGAGUGACGGUCUGUGCUGAACUCUGCAAUUAUUGCUGCUGCUCACCACACCCAGUUCUGCACCCUGGUCACUGUGCAUGGGACGAGUUUCUUCUGCUGCACAUUCACCUUUAAUGGGAUUGGAGUUUAAUAUUCUAAAUCUGAGACAGACAAAUCAGUUGUGUUUUAAACUCUGUCUCUGGUACUUCAGUGGAUCAGGGUUGAAUUUAUGGUGCCUUAAUGAAGUUAUGGUGGUCGUUCAUGAGUUUGUAUUUUAAAGCAAGAUUUUGGUGAAUGAUAUUUACCACUUGAUUGUACCUGCAUAAGAAAUCAGAUUGAAUUAAACUGCUGCAGGAUCCUGGAAUACGUUGGGUUGUGGCUGGUUUCUCUUGGCAUCGUCUGCACUUAUUGCCUUGUUUGUUUGUAUUGUAUCUAUUUUUGAUUUUUUUUCUUUUUGUUGACCACAUGGUCCUGUAUUUCUGCAAGGAACCCCUCCUCUGUUUCUGCGAAGUCGUCUUCAACUUUCAUUCAGGUUCUUGAUGCUUACUUGUGAACAUCUCGUCUGCUCAGAUCGUUGGGAUGUCUCCCAUGGAGGGUCACACUGAUUCCACUGGCUAAUGUUUUCUUCCAUAGUGAUGAUUCAUUUUUCUGAGUUGGCCUCAUUUAAGUUUUUUUGUCUGUAUUUCUCAUCACAAUUGCAUAUACAUGCAUGGAGUGCUGUAUCCUGAUCAUUUUUGAUGAAAAUAUAUACUUAGAAGUUU